CAGGUCCCCACAGCUGCAUGGAUAAGUUUGGUCGUGAUUUUGUUACCAUUUACUAUCGCUGUCUUCAUCCAUUGCCUGUGCGCGUGUACAAAGGGUCAUUUCGAAAGAGAAUUAUUUAACAAGACUUCUGAAAGCGAACUGGACGAGGAAAGCGUGAAGCAGAGCUUUGAUUCAGACAACUCCAUAGAACUGGAGGAAGUCCUCGCCCAAGGAAAAUUUUCUGAAGUUUGGAAAGGUAGCUGCAAGGGAAAGAGCAUUGCAGUCAAGAUUUUUCCACCAGCGGCCAUUUCGUCAUGGCGGAGGGAACAUUACAUGUACAGUAUUUUGUUAAGGAAGCAUUCAAAUAUCCUUCAAAUGGUAUCCUUAAAAUCUCAACAGAUCGGUGAUUUUCUGUGUUUGGUCACAGAGUUUUGCGAGAACGGAUCUCUUCGGGAUUACCUUUUAAGAACGGUGAGUUUAUAAAUGUUGAAAGUUAAGAGCUUGACACGUAACUCUUCAGCAUUGGAUCGGAAUGAAAAAAAAAAAAACAAAUCGCCUCACGUGAGGAAAUCCGCAUCCAGAAGAAAUUUUUGGUUGUUGAAUCCCACUGUCGAUUGGAUCCAGAAUCCAAGUUCCUGACUGACAAAGAAUUCGGAACUACCUGGAAUCUGGCUGGAUUCCACAGCGGAGAAUCCAGAAUCCAUGACUGUCUUGGAAUCCCCCAAGCGGGGUCGAAUCACAGCUCGCUAAUUUUUUAGGUCAAAAGCGAUCAUACCACUUCUAAUUUACCUAUACACUUGACGGGAGGAACAGCUGAGCGAAGGAAAUUAGUAAAAUUAUGAAUAAGUAACCACAACCAAAUGAUACAACCUGGUAGAUACAAUCAAACUCCCACAGACAGGAAUUGCCCUUUUCGUGGAUCCAAUCAAAUAGAAGACGAAGUUGACUUUCUUUUUGAUUGUUCUAAAUACUCUUUGAUUAGGAAUAAUUUUGAACAAUGAACUGAUGAACUCAUAUUAUUACUUUAUCAAUAUACACAUUUCAUGAAAUUUAUUUCAGCUUGCUUUGAGUUUCGCGACCAAUCUUUGACAAAGUAGUUUGAUUCUCCUGUGAUUAAAUUUUAAGUUCUUAUUCUUGAAAUAUAAUUAUAAAUAGCUUGUGCAAAACUGUAUGUACUUGUAUGUACUUCCAUGUAUUGUUAUGUAAUGCAAGUAAAGCUUGUUGUUGUUGUAGAGUCAAGAAGAAGCUCUGACAAAUAUGCAAACUUGAACUGUAGCUAGUUUUUCUUUGUUCAUUGUGGAGGGGCUUCAUCUGUAAGCCAUUCAUGAAAAUACAACUGUUUUUUAAAGGGAAAUGCUUUCUCUAAAAUGAUUUUUUCAGACGAAACUUUUAGCGGUAAAUUAAAUGGGUCAUUUUUCGGGGAGCCAUGUGAUAAGGUUGAGAUACUUUCCCAUCAGAGCACUCAUCUAAUAGUAAAAUUGAUGACAGACUAAUCAUGAGGGAAAAAUUUCAAGUAAUUUUUUACUACAAAAACAGAAAUGCAGAAAAAUGUCAGGAGCAGUACUGGUUGGAACUCUACUGUAACACAUCGUGUCCAUGUUUGUGUAAUAACUUUAGCCUCUGGGUCAACAAAAAGUAUAACGUUAUUGAAGCUUCCAGAAUCUUUCGACUGCAUCUCAAUGACUGAGCUCGGUGCUCUCACGUGACAUGUUCAAAGGCAGUCGUUUAAUAAAGAUGUGAUGACGUAGGCGCAAGACUGCCGAGACGUUUCGUGUCCGAAGCUACAUUUUGAAUUUUUGAUCAAGGUGACCUUUAAGGCUGACAGGUGCUGUAAAGCGAGUUGGUGCAUCGUCAUUGUCACGUGACUAAAUACACAGGCAUCACGUGAAAAUACUGGGCUCAGUCCUUGCUGAUAAGACUGAAAUCAUUCGGAGAGCAUCAGUGAUAUAAUUGUUAUGGGCCUUGAGACUAAUCCAAGGUCAAGAACGAAAAAUCAUGCAUAUCGAUCAGUUUCCUCGUUUUAAAUUUGCUCACCAGAGAGGGGCACUAAGAUGGCGUGAGGCUGUUCGUCUUGCAAGUGGCAUAACAAAUGGAGUGGCCUAUCUUCAUUCUGAGAGAAGUCAAUCAGAGUCGAAAGUCCCCAUAGCUCAUCGAGAUUUAAAAAGCACCAACGUUUUAGUGAAAACUGACGGAACAUGCGUUAUCUCAGAUUUUGGCCUGGCAAUGUCCUUGGAUUCCAUUGAAGACGCAAGCAAAAAUGUAAGCGCCUCCUGUAAGUCUUUUUCCUCAGUCUGAAUGAAUGUUAAUAUCUAUUGGAAUUCAACUCUGCAUGAGCAAAGACCGGUUUCUGAAAGGACGUUUAACGUUAAUCCAAGAGUAAAGUAUUUUUGCACGUGAUCGUAUUUUCCUUCCCAUAGAUUGUGUAGAGUAUCAUUUUGUGUUUUCAUAAAUGAAUCUACCGGAGUUACAGCUGUUUCGUAUAACACGCGACCUACGAUGUACCCUGCAUAACAGGCGCUUUAUUAGCGAAGCGCGAAACGAGUGCGAAGCGCGAGACGAGGGGAGGAGAAAAUGCUGCGUUCCCCUCGCUUGGCUCAUACAGCGCCUGUUAUGCAGGCUACGCGCGAUGCCAAAAACGUCUUCGGAUUUGGGGUUUUUCUGCGACGUAAAAUCAAAUUCUGAAGAAUCGGCGCUUUCUCGCCUUCACAUCUUAGCGGACCUCUUAGGAAACAAAACGUCUUGGUUUGUUAUUGGUGACUGGUGUGUUUCUGGGUUCGUUCCUUUGAAACUUCACAUUUCGGUUGCGGGUUUUUGAAAAGCGGAGCGAGUUUUACCUUAGCUCUAAAUUUUUUUUCAUCUUAUUUAUACUGAAACAUGGUAAGUUUAGAUUGUUCCUAUAGAGCUUCCAACUCCAAAAGAAACACAGAUAUGGGAGGGUCAAAACGAAACGGUACCGUCCCGCCAACGUUUACUUUUGCAGCUUCUGCUCGUUAUUGCCGCCUUUAUUUACAAACAUAGUGGAUGCUAUGGUAACGGUUUGAUUGACGUCGUAGAAAAACCCAAAAUCCCGAAACGUUUUUGACAACGCAGGUCGCGUGUUAUCCGAAACAGCAGUAACGCCCGCCGGUGUUUUAUAAGCAUCGGUUACAUGUUUACAGACAAAUAAACUUUGCUUAAAAUUUGGCUCAUAACCAAGGCUUAAACUUAGUCCGGCACCUUUGGGCCACUCAUUAAACCCCUUCAUCUUAGACUAGUGCAUACGCAAACCAAAUACAUUACCCUCUAACUGUUCUUUUUUUUUUUCUGGUUUUGUCUGUAACAAAUUUUUUGGACUGUUUCAAUCUACAAGCUUUCUAAUUUGAGAAACUGAUUUUUAACUUGAAUUUGCCGUUUGCCGUAUAUUUCACCUUAAUUCUUUUCAUUAUCUACGACCUUAACCUUGUUUUUCUUACAGUUGCAGGUUGGUACUUAUCGAUACAUGUCUCCAGAGGAGCUACUAGCAACAGUAAGCCUCAACAGCAUUGAGACAUUUAAGCAAAUGGAUGUCUAUUCAAUGGCCCUUGUACUGUGGGAAGUCAUUUCACAAUGUGACGUAACAGGUACAAUCACAUUUUGUUAUUCAAUCUGGGAACACCAGUCCAAAGCCAACCAUGAGAUCUACUGGGAAGGGAUCAAGAUCCUUGACCAGGAUCUUUUAACUGCUCUUUAUUAACUGCUCUUUAUGUAACUGUUAGACUAUCGUCAAUAUUGUACCUUUUAGAAUCAUUAUCUGUAAACAAUAUCGUAUCAUGUACAUUUAUCAAAUUUAAGUUAAGUAAAGAAAAACAAACAAAAAUUGGUCGACUCAUUAGCUAUUUAAGCUAGGAGCCUAAUAAGCUCCAGACCCUCGAGUAUAAAUAAAGUUUUCAGUUUCAGUUUUCAGGAGAUCAUGUGGACAUUAAAAGAAAUAUCAAGGAGUUGUUCAUCCACAUCAGACGCUAGCGCGAGAUAGGGGUUUAUGAACUUCCCGCGGUCAUUAAUCUUUUUUGUUGUCACGUGACUAAUACACGGGCACCAUUUUCGAGUUCAUUGUUGCUGAUGAGUGUGCGAUACAAUCGAAAGCUACAAAACUAAAAUUGUUUUUUUAAAACUAUGCUGUUGACUUUUCUACAGAAUGUCACAAAAAUGUUAGUUCUCUUGUAUGUGAUGCUAACUUGGGCCCCUCCUGGAAACGGUGCAGAUGCAAGUUUUUAGGUCGAUGAGUUUAGCAGUUUUCGGUAUAAGGUUCUCCUCUUGUAACGUUUGGGUGACCGUUGAAAUUCCACUCAAAUCCUCAGUCGUCGAGCUAAUUUGCCGAUUAAAACCGACCUGAGAAAACACAUUUCAGUGACAUUUGCCGAGCCAUUUAUCUUUUUCUUACAAUCCUACCUUUUUUAUAUCUAGACUCGUGUUUGAUUUAGUACCAGCUCGUGUUAAACUAAAUGUAACGAUAAUGUCGUGGUCAAUUUUGAAUGUCUUUCUCCCCUUCUCUGUUCCAGAUAGCGAAAAGCAUUAUUAUCUGCCCUUUGAGGAUUUUGUUGUUGAAAAUGCAACAUUGAGUAAUAUGCUGGAUGUUGUGGUGGCAAAGAAUUGCAGACCCCACCUUCCAAACAACUCGAAUGAUCACGAGGUUAGUUGACUAGGAGCAAGAGUUUCUAAGAUUAGUUUAGUCUGCACAUACAUAUGUUCCCCGUCAUAUGACGAUGGGGGACCCUAGUUUGCUCAUUGGUGUCUUUCAGUCUUGCGUCUCAGCCGCUCUAGCCUAGAGGCGUGACCAACCAGCAAAGCGAUUUUCCUGAAUGGAGAGUUCCAUGAGGCCCCUGUCACGCUUGCCCACUUUGUCAAGACUGAAGAUUUUACGCUACUCUUCAUGAACCUUUAAUAUGAUAUGGGUUGUUCACAUCGCAUGCAUGGGCAAGCAGAAAGACUAAACCGUUUCAUGUCUUUUUAUUGCUUGCAUAGCAUUAAAAAAAUUAACAGUAGAAAAUACGUAUGUAUGUUCUCUCUUCAUCAGGGCUUAGCUCUAUUUUGCCAGACCGUAGAAGAAUGUUGGGACCCAGACCCCGAGGCACGAUUAACAGCUGACUGUGCACAAACGAGGCUUCAAGAACUUCUCUUGACUUCGAAAUCUGCGUGA